AGUGUUCGACAUAAUGUUCAAAGAUAACUAAACGUCGGUUAGUGCAGUACGUGCAACAGUGUUUUCAUGGUGCACAUAUCCAUUAGUCCUUUGGAGUAUUCAACUAUAACCUCCAUAUAAGAAGAGGCAUCUGAUUGAUUCCGAAAUUCUGUGAUCUUAAUAUCGGAAGAAUGAAAAAAAAUAUGAAACUGCCCGAUGAAACUGAAAAAAUGCCCAGUGGGAGCACUGAACCCUCAGCUCCUCCACCCAUGGCUCCUCCAUCUUAUGAGGAAGCUGUUGAAAAUGCAACUCGUCUUCCCCGCCAUCCAAACAUUCCACCGUAUCCCGUAGGACCAUCCUCUAUGCCAAUACCAAUUCAAAAUCAGCCACCGAGCAAAACAACGUUGUCUCCCGUACCACCGUAUCCACCGGUUUAUUCAGGACCCAGCGAGCCACCACCUUCGCACUCGCAGACGCAAACGCAGGCACAGCCUAAUGAAAAUCCGAGCGCUGUACCUGGGCCGAAAAUUCGGGUCGUCUAUCAGCCAGUGCUUUAUUCCUUGACCUCGACUUCGACAAAAACGAUCUGUCCGACAUGUCACACAAGCAUUAAGACUAACACGGUAUCAGAUCAUCAGCUGAGCGCCCAUAUUUGCUGUAUCAUCCUCUGCUUACUUGGAUGUUUCCUUUGCUCGUGCCUGCCGUAUUACAUGAGCAACUUUAAGACUGUCCAUCACUUUUGUCCGAAAUGUAAAAAUUAUAUCGGUAUAUGGAAGGGCUGAGCCGUGUCCCAUAACCGGCGAGACACUUUGUAUAUUUAUUGUUACGCGGUCCUUUAUGUAAUCAGAUACAGUGUAACAUUUAUCGGGGAGUAGUUGAUAUUUCCCUGCUUGUAUUAAGUUUUAAGAGGAGGAACUAUUCGACGAGAUCGUCAUAGGUUGUAUCACCGAAUACUAUAUUAUAUGACGCUUAUUUCUUGCGAGACGAAUGCAACCUGUAAUGUGUGAUAGUCACGAUUGUAGAUUCUAUAUGUUGAUUUAUAAGUGAGAUGAGUGGGUCGAGUGUUGUACGUAUGUACGUGGGAUUUAUAGAUAGCGUGUGAUGGUGUUAUAUAGAUAUAAU